ACCUCACUUUUUAUUUACCGCCGAGUCCCUGAACCAAAUGAACAAACCUUUGUUAUAGUUUUAAGGAUGUUGUAUCGUUCCAUUCCAUAAUUAACUCAUUCAAGAUUUUGGGUUCAUUCUUUCAACAACGUGUUGAGUGUGGCAACAACACAAUGAUGUCGCUUUUAAGGUCCUUCAGGUACGCUGUUUCUGUUUCAAUUCCCAAUUCUCAUCCUUUUCAUUCAUCAAUUUCAAAACCACACUCUCAUUCUCUACAACAAUUUAAUCAUGAAUGUGAUGCUGUUUCCUUGUUCAAUCAAAUGCUUCUUAAGAAGCCUACCCCACCCAUGAUUCAGUUUGGUGAGAUUUUAGGUUCCCUUAUGAAGACCAAACAUUACCUCACUGUUGUUUCCCUUUUUCAACAAAUGGAAUCAAGCGGACUUUCUCCAGAUUUUGUAACUCACAACACCCUCAUCAAUUCUUUCUGUCAAUUAGGUCAUCUCACUUUUGCUUUUUCUGUAUUGGCCAAAAUUCUCAAGAGGGGUUAUCAAAUAGAUACUAUAACUUUGACUACAUUACUCAAGGGUUUUUGUCUCAAAGGUCAAGUUCAUGAAGCAUUACACUUUCAUGACAAGGUAGUAGCUCAAGGAUUUCAUUUAGACCAAUUUAGUUAUGGGACAUUGAUCAAUGGGUUAUGCAAAGUUGGAGAAACAACUGCGGCCCUAAAAGUGCUGAGACAAGUUGAUGGGAAACUUGUUCAAGCUAACGUGGUAAUGUACAAUACAAUUAUGGAUAGUUUAUGUAAAGAUAAAAAUCUUAUUGAUGCAUUUGAUUUAUACUCUGAAAUGAUAGCCAAAAGAAUUUCUCCCAAUGUUUUCACUUACAAUUCUUUAAUCUAUGGUUUUUGUAUUGUUGGUCGAUUGAAAGAAGCAAUUCAUUUGUUAAAUAAAAUGAAAUUGGAAAACAUCAUCCCAAAUGUGUACAUUUUUAGUACAUUGAUUGAUGCUUUUUGUAAAGAAGGUAAAGUGGAAGAAGCUAAAGUAUUGUUGGCUUUGAUGAUGAGAAAAGGUGUUGCACUUAAUGUUGUUAGUUAUAACACUUUAAUGGACGGAUAUUGUCUAGUAAAUAAAGUGAACAAAGCCAUGGAUAUUCUAAACAUUAUGUCUCGACAAGGAGUAGUAGCUGAUGUUCAGAGCUACAGCAUCAUUAUUAAUGGACUUUGUAAGGUUAAAAUGGUUGAUGAAGCUAUGAAGAUCUUUGAAGAAAUGCACUGCAAACAAAUAUUUCCUAAUACGGUAACUUACAAUACCCUUAUAGAUGGUUUGUGCAAAUCUGGGAGAAUAUCACAUGCUUUGAAACUUGUCGAUAAGAUGCAUGAUAGAGGUCAACUGCCUGAUAUAGUUACUUACAAUUCUAUAUUGGAUGGUUUAUGCAAAAACCAUCACGUUGACAAAGCAAUUGAAUUGUUGACGAAAUUUAAAGACCAAGGUAUUCAACCAAAUGUGCGCACAUACAAUAUUCUUAUCAAUGAAUUGUGCAAAAGUGGAAGACUAAAGGAUGCACGAAACAUUUUUGAAGAUCUUUUGGUCAAAGGCUACAAUCUAACUGUCUAUACAUAUAAUGCUAUGAUCAGGGGAUUUUGUAUCAAGGGCUUGUUUGAUGAGGCACUGACCAUGCUCUCAGAAAUGAAAGACAGUGGUUGCAUUCCGAAUGCUAUAACUUAUGAAAUAAUGAUUUUUGCUUUGUUUGGAAAAGAUGAAAAUGAUAUGGCGGAGAAACUUAUUCGUGAAAUGAUUGGGAGCGGUCUAUUGAUGCUUCACCUCUUGGGGAAGAAUGUUUUUGUAUUAGUGUCUCUUUUGAAUGUUGUAGUUGUUGAUGAAGCAUCUGUUGUUUCAAGUUCUGAAGCAAAUGAUAAUUUGGAGGAUGCAAGCAAUGAGCUGAUUCUCACUGAUGAAAAGGUUGUUCGUUUUGUUCAUAAGGAGCUUAAACGGUUGCUUUGGGAUGAUGGGUUUUUGUCGGAUAAUUUGAAUUCGAAAGUGCGUGAUUCGAUUGAUGAUGUUGAUGUUGUUGAUGUUGUUGAAGGAAAAGAAGGUAAGGUGUUUGAUGAUUGUUCCCAAUGUGUUGGACAAGAGAAAGGGGAUUUGGUUUCGAAGAGAAAAAAAGAGGGAAGAAUUAGAAGAAUAAGUACAAAGAUGCAGAUGGAACACGAAGAAAAUCACAGGAGAUGGAAAUGUGAAUGGGACAGGGAGAGACUAGAGCUUGAUAGAAGAUUGAAGGAGCAACUUAGUGGUGAUGAUGGUGAGAAUGAUUCUGUUAAUCAUUCAUAUGUUUUGGAAGCUCUAUCUCGAGCUUUGAGGAAAAUCGAGGAGUCUUAUCUUGAUGUUGCUGAUAAGAUGGUGAUGGAGAAUCCAGAACUUGCUUUGAUGGGUUCAUGUGUUCUUGUAAUGUUGAUGAAAGGGGAAGAUGUUUAUGUGAUGAAUGUGGGAGAUAGUAAAGCUGUGUUGGCACAAAAGGCUGAACCUGAUUAUUGGAUUGGGAAAAUUCAACAGGAUUUGGAGAGGAUUAAUGAAGAGACGAUGCAUGAUCUUGAAUCAUGGGAAGAUGCUGAUAAAUUAAAUGUUAUUCCUAGUUUAAGUACUUUUCAUCUUACCAAAGAUCAUAGAUCCAAUGUUGAAGAGUUAACUCAUUCAAGAUUUUGGUUCAACAAGACAACGAUGUCGCUUUUAAGGUCCUUCAGGUACGCUCUUUCUCUUUCAGUUCCCAAUUCCCAUCCUUUUCAAUCAUCAAUUUCAAAACCAUACACUCACUCUCCGCAACAAUUUAGUCAUGAAUUUGAUGCUGUUUCCUUGUUCAAUCAAAUGCUUCAUAUGAAACCUACCCCUCCCAUGAUUCAGUUUGGUGAGAUUUUAGGUUCCCUUGCCAAGACCAAACAUUACUCCACUGUUGUUUCUCUUUGUCAACAAAUGGAAUCAAGCGGACUUUCUCCUGAUUUUGUAACUCACAACACCCUCAUCAAUUCUUUCUGUCAUUUAGGUCAACUCACUUUUGCUUUUUCUGUAUUGGUCAAAAUUCUCAAGAGGGGUUAUCAAAUAGAUACUAUAACUUUGACUACAUUACUCAAGGGUUUUUGUCUCAAAGGUCAAGUUCAUAAAGCAUUGCACUUUCAUGACAAGGUAGUAGCUCAGGGAUUUCAUUUAGAUCAAGUUAGUUAUGGGACAUUGAUCAAUGGGUUAUGCAAAGUUGGAGAAACAACUGCGGCCCUGAAAGUGCUAAGACAAGUUGAUGGGAAACUUGUUCAACCUAGUGUGGUAAUGUACAAUGCAAUUAUGGAUAGUUUAUGUAAAGAUAAAAAUCUUAUUGAUGCAUUUGAUUUAUACUCUGAAAUGGUUGCCAAAAGAAUUUCUCCCGAUGUUUUCACUUACAAUUCUUUAAUCUAUGGUUUUUGUAUUGUUGGUCGAUUGAAAGAAGCGAUUCAUUUGUUAAAUAGAAUGAAAUUGGAAAACGUCAUCCCAAAUGUGUACAUUUUUAGUACAUUGAUGGAUGCUUUUUGUAAAGAAGGUAGAGUGGAAGAAGCUAAAAUAGUGUUGGCUUUGAUGAUAAGAAAAGGUGUUGCACUUAAUGUUGUUAGUUAUAACACUUUAAUGGACGGAUAUUGUCUUGUAAAUGAAGUGAACAAAGCCAUGGAUAUUCUAAACAUUAUGUCUCGACAAGGAGUAGUAGCUGAUGUUCGGAGUUACAACAUCAUUAUUAAUGGACUUUGUAAAGUUAAAAUGGUUGAUGAAGCUAUGAAGAUCUUUGAAGAAAUGCAUUGCAAACAAAUUUUUCCUAAUACGGUAACUUACAAUACCCUUAUAGAUGGUUUGUGCAAAUCUGGGAGAAUAUCACAUGCUUUGAAACUUGUCGAUAAGAUGCAUGAUAGAGGUCAACCGCCUAAUAUAGUUACUUACACUUCUAUAUUGGAUGGUUUAUGCAAAAACCAUCAUGUUGACAAGGCAAUUGAAUUGUUAACAAAAUUUAAAGACCAAGGUAUUCAACCAGAUGUGUGCAUAUACAAUAUUCUUAUCAAUGAAUUGUGCAAAAGUGGUAGACUAAAGGAUGCACAAAACAUUUUUGAAGAUCUUUUGGUUAAAGGCUACCAUCUAACUGUCUAUACAUAUAAUGCUAUGAUCAAGGGAUUUUGUAUCAAGGGCUUGUUUGAUGAAGCACUGACCAUGCUGUCAGAAAUGAAAGACAAUGGUUGCAUUCCGAAUGCUAUAACUUAUGAAAUAAUGAUUUUUGCUUUGUUUGGAAAAGAUGAAAAUGAUAUGGCGGAGAAACUUAUUCGUGAAAUGAUUGGGAGAGGUCUAUUGUAAGAACGAUACUAAAUGCUUCACCUCUUGGGGAAGAAUGUUUUUGUUAUUAUUGUUUCUUUUGGAAGCAAAUGAUAAUUUGGAGGAUGCAAGCAAUGAGCUGAUUCUCAUUGAUGAAGAGGUUGUUCAGUUUUUACUCAUGUGCCUAAGGAUGUAGUUGAGAUGAUGUAGAGCAGAUGCAAGAGGUGACAAACAAGAAAUGGAAAAGCUUAAGGAAGAGAAACAAUAGCAUUUGUAGAGAGGUAGAAAUGGAGACCAACAACUUGAUGUUAAAAUUUAGAAUCGAUAUGAUAUUAUAUUAUCGCAGUUUCUCUUUAGCUACUACGACAGCAUUGAAUCAUCAGUACUAUAGAUAUAGAGAUAUACUACUCCAAUUUAACAACAAUGUAAAACUAACUUUUUAUACAAUUAGUAGUACACAUCUAUUAAAUUUUCAAUAAAAUGAAACAUAUAUAAAUUUAACAAA